UAAUCCUCUCUCCAAACACUCCCUUAUCUCUCUCCCCCUCGGCUAUGCUAUAUAUAUAUAUAUAUAUCUCAAAGGAAAUAACCGAGAAAGAAAGGAGCGCUUGCUCUCAGUUUUUCCUCUCGUGACUCCCUAGCUGUUUCCUCUUCGUGUAUAAAUAUAAAUACAAAUACAAAACCAACCAACCAAGCGUUGACGCAGAGAGAGAUGGGGGUGGUGACAGGAGGAGGAGGAGGAGGAGGAGGAGAGAGAAGAUAAAAGUUGGAGUUUGUGUGAUGGAAAAGAAGGUGAAAUGCGGCUCUGAGGUGUUAUCAGCUCCAAUGGGACAGAUUCUUGAUAGAUUACAAGCAUUUGGUGAAUUCGAAGUUAUGUAUUUCGGUGAUAAAGUGAUUCUUGAGGAUCCAAUUGAGAGCUGGCCAAUAUGUGAUUGCUUGAUUGCUUUCUAUUCCACUGGUUAUCCCCUUGAAAAGGCUGAGGCAUAUGCCACUUUAAGGAAGCCUUUUCUUGUGAAUGAAUUGGUGCCACAACAUCUUCUUCAUGACCGGCGGAAGGUGUAUGAGCGCGCUGAAAUGUUUGGAAUUCCUGUCCCGAGAUAUGCCCUUGUUAAUAGGGAGUUUCCAUUUCAAGAGUUGGAUUAUUUUAUUGAAGAAGAAGAUUUUGUUGAGGUCCAUGGAAGUCGUUUUUGGAAACCCUUUGUAGAGAAGCCUGUUGAUGGCGAUGACCACAGCAUCAUGAUAUAUUAUCCCAGUGCAGCAGGUGGAGGUAUGAAGGAAUUGUUUAGGAAGGUUGGUAAUCGGUCAAGUGAUUUCCAUCAAGAUGUUAGAAGAGUGAGGCGUGAAGGCUCUUACAUAUAUGAAGAAUUUAUGCCAACUGGAGGAACAGAUGUGAAGGUGUAUACUGUUGGUCCUGAAUAUGCACACGCUGAGGCAAGGAAAUCUCCUGUUGUUGAUGGUGUUGUCAUGCGGAAUCCUGAUGGAAAAGAAGUAAGGUAUCCAGUGUUACUGACACCUAACGAGAAGCAAAUGGCAAGAGAUGUUUGCAUUGCAUUUAGGCAGGCGGUUUGUGGGUUUGAUCUCCUGCGUUGUGAAGGACGAUCAUAUGUUUGUGAUGUAAAUGGAUGGAGUUUUGUGAAAAAUUCCUACAAAUAUUAUGAUGAUUCUGCUUGUGUAUUGAGAAAGAUGCUUUUGGAUGCGAAAGCUCCUCAUCUUUCAUCAGCAAUUCCCCCCACUUUACCAUGGAAAGUCAAUGAACCAGUCCAGCCUUCUGAGGGAUUAACUCGUCAGGGAAGUGGGAUUAUUGGUAGAUUUGGGCAGUCUGAGGAGCUACGCUGUGUGAUUGCCAUUAUUCGUCAUGGUGAUAGAACUCCCAAACAGAAGGUGAAGUUGAAGGUCACAGAGGAAAAGCUGCUGAAUUUGAUGUUAAAGUACAAUGGGGGACGACCCAGAUCUGAGACAAAACUUAAAAGUGCUGUUCAAUUACAAGAUCUGUUAGAUGCAACUCGAAUACUUGUACCUCGUACAAGACCUGGUCGAGAAAGUGAUAGUGAGGCAGAAGACUUUGAGCAUGCUGAAAAGCUACGACAAGUUAAAGCAGUUCUUGAGGAGGGGGGGCAUUUCUCUGGUAUUUAUAGGAAGGUCCAGCUAAAACCUCUAAAGUGGGUUAAAGUUCCAAAAAGUAAUGGUGAAGGUGAGGAAGAACGACCCGUUGAAGCUCUCAUGGUCCUUAAAUAUGGAGGUGUUCUUACCCAUGCUGGCAGAAAGCAGGCAGAAGAGCUGGGUAGAUAUUUUCGAAAUAAUAUGUAUCCAGGUGAAGGCACAGGGCUGCUUCGUCUUCAUAGCACAUAUCGUCAUGACCUUAAAAUUUACAGCUCUGACGAAGGUCGUGUACAGAUGUCCGCAGCAGCAUUUGCAAAGGGCCUCCUCGAUCUGGAAGGACAGCUAACACCAAUUCUGGUUUCCCUUGUUAGUAAGGAUUCCUCCAUGCUGGAUGGGCUUGACAAUGCCAGCAGUGAGAUGGAAGAAGCCAAGGCUAGGUUGAAUGAGAUUAUAACAUCUGCUGCAAAGAUAGUUCAUAGCAAUGGAUCCUCUGAGUGUCCUUGGAUGACUGAUGGAGCUGGACUGCCUUCAAAUGCUUCUGAACUUCUCCCUAAACUGGUAACAUUGACCAAGAAGGUGACAGAACAAGUGAGACUACUUGCCAAGGAUGAAGAUGAAGAACUUACAGAGACAAGCUCAUAUGAAGUAAUUCCACCAUAUGACCAAGCAAAGGCUCUAGGUAAAAUAAAUAUUGAUAUAGAUCGUAUUGCUGCUGGAUUACCCUGUGGAAGUGAGGGAUUCUUGUUGAUGUAUGCUCGCUGGAAGAAGCUUGAAAGAGACUUGUAUAAUGAACGCAAAGUGCGGUUUGAUAUAACACAAAUUCCUGAUGUUUAUGACUCUUGCAAAUAUGAUCUGUUACACAAUGCUCACCUUAAUCUAGAGGGGCUGGAUGAACUCUUCAAAGUUUCUCAGCUACUUGCUGAUGGUGUCAUUCCUAAUGAGUAUGGAAUUAAUCCAAAGCAGAGAUUGAAGAUUGGCUCAAAGAUAGCUCGUCGUUUGUUGGGUAAAAUAUUGAUUGAUCUUAGGAACACACGUGAGGAAGCCAUUAGUGUUGCUGAAUUAAAAUGUAAUGAAGAUCAGCAAUCAACUUCUAAGAAGUCUGAAAAGGAAGACACAGAUUACCAGUUAAAGCUUUCAAUUAAGAAUGAUGACGUGAGAAGAACUAGCACCACUAGUGAUAUAUCAAUGGAUCAGGAUGAUGAUGAUGAUAAAGAGACAAAAUACCGUUUGGAUCCAAAGUAUGCAAAUGUAAAGACCCCAGGACGCCAUGUGCGUACACGCCUCUAUUUUACAUCGGAAUCACAUAUACAUUCCCUUAUGAAUGUUCUCCGUUACUGUAACCUGGAUGAAUCUCUUCAAGGUGAGGAUAGCCUUGUUUGCCAGAAUGCCUUGGAGCGUUUGUACAAAACCAAGGAGCUUGACUACAUGAGCUAUAUUGUGCUAAGGAUGUUUGAGAAUACUGAGGUUGCUUUGGAAGACCCAAAAAGGUUCCGCAUAGAGAUGACUUUCAGCCGUGGGGCAGACUUGUCCCCGUUGGAGAAGAAUGACAGUGAGGCUACCUCGUUGCAUCAGGAGCACACUCUUCCAAUAAUGGGUCCAGAAAGGCUGCAAGAAGUGGGAUCCUAUCCCACAUUAGAGAAAAUGGAGAUGAUGUUUCGUCCUUUUGCCAUGCCAGCAGAAGACUUUCCUCCACCGUCCACCCCUGCUGGAUUCUCGGGCUACUUCUCAAAAAGUGCAGUACUUGAGCGCCUUGUUAAUCUUUGGCCCUUCCAUAAGCAUGAUAAGCAUGCAAGUGCUAAUGGAAAGUAGCUACUAACAUUUUGUCCCUGUUUUCUUUCAUGAGUGAACAUUCCAUUUUCACAAUUCUUUGCUUAUCUCAUGUCACAAUGCUGAUGCUUUAAGGUAUGCUUCGAGCUUAUCUUGGAAAAAUACUUUUGGAGUGUGCUUCUGAUUUUUUUUUUUCCCGGGGUAUGCUGGUAUGCCCAACAUGAUUGGAUUUGAUAAUAUUUUAUUUGAGAUAAGCUGUAUUGUUUAUUUGUCUAAUAUAAACUAAGAAAAUAUUGUGUUUUUUAA